GCUGGGGGACAGGGACGCAGCUAUGGGCCACCCGUGUGCACCAGCCCCAGGAGGGAGGGGGUCUGGGGACCCUCCUGGAGCCCUACCCCAACCACAGGGACAGAAUGGGAGGGGAGACCCCAGGGCUCUCUGCACACUGGUGGGGGGACCUGAGCAGGACGUGGGGCAGAGCCCUCCUUGGGGUGCUUUGGCUGCAAGCGCUGUGGUCUUGACGAUGCAGGGUUGGAACCCUGUCAUUGUGGCUCCGCACCCCUGCGUGGAGGCCAUGCCUCCAUCCCACCUUUGUACAUCUAGCCAGGGCAGCUCCCAGCACCAGGGCAGGGUCAGGAUCAGUCCUGGGAUGCAGCUGGGGCUGGAUCAGGUGCUGGGGGACUGCUGUUGGGGCAGGAGCCUCAGUGAUGGGACAGGGGCCUUCCUGCAUGGCUGAUGCCAGACAAGGGAUGGGUGGCUUGGCAGAAGUGGCUGCGGAGGCCAUCCCAACGUGAGUGGGGCACGUGGGGCUCCUGGUGCAUUGGGCUGGGCCAUGGUCUGCUCAGCCCAGAUACUGCCUCUCCCGGUGGGGCCAUUUCGGGUGCGGGCUGGUUUCUGUCAAGAACCGGCUGAGCCGGCUCCUCUGGCUGCCAGCCUCGGCCUUUAGCUCGGGGCAGGGCCCCCAGGGAAGCUGAGGGCAGAAUGGGGGCUUGGUGUCCCCACAGGCAAUUCCUAGUGAGAAGGAGCUGCCUGCUGUCACCGCACUGUCCCCCCAGCCCUGCAAGGGCAGAGGACUGUGGAAUGCAGAAGUGAGGUCAAUUCACCAUGUCCCGGUGGUGGGUGGGGGACACAGACUGGGGUCCACUGAAGCUGUGGCUCCCUGCGGGCGGGUGCUGGGGCUGGUUUCGGUGGCCGGUGACGUCAGGUGGUGCAGGCCAGCCUCCUGGACUCUGCCCUGUGCUCUCAGCCUAGGUUAUUCCCAGGCACAGGUGAAUGAUUACACCAUACUGCUGGUCACUCUGCUGCGUUUUGGGGGUCCUUUGGUGUGUCCGGGGCUGCAUGCUUGCCCUGAGCCCUGUCCCCUGUGGGGUUGUGUCCCCACUCACUGGGGCCCCAGGGACAGGUGUUGCCCAUGGGCAUCAUCACUUGUUUUGGAUGCCCCCAGACCCACUGGUGCUAUGCUGCGGUUUUCCCAGUGGGGCCGUGGGGUUUCCAGCCCCAGUUGUCAAUGUGAGUGGGCUCACUGGGGCUCAGAGGUGGCCAAGCUGCACUGGGGCCCAGAACAACCCUUUGGCCCCCGGCAGCGCCGUCCUGCAGCCCCCAGGCUGGAAAGGGACAUGUGGGUGGCACAGGACAGGCACACGGGCAAUGGGGACAGAGCUGGAGGCUCCUGCCAUGGCAGGUGGGACAGUGGAGAAUGGGAGCCCUGAGAAGUCUGCUAUGGCAGAACCAGUGGGUAAUGGGAUCCCUGGGAGAUCUGCUAUGGCAGACCCACUGACAAACAGGAGUCUUUGUAAAUCUGCUGUGGCAGAACCAGUGGCUGAUGGGAGCCCUGAGAAGUCUAUUAUGGAAGAGGCAGUGGCCGCUCAGAGCCCUGAGAGACCUGCUACAGCAGAACCACUGGCCAGUGGGAGCCCUGGAAGAUCUGCUAUGGCAGAGCCAGUGGCCAAUGGGAGUCUUUGUAGAUCUGCUGUGGCAGAGCCAGUGGGUAAUGGGAGCCCUGAGAAAUCUGUUAUGGGAGGUCAUUCAGAGCCCUGAGCGAUCUGCUAUGGCAGAACCACUGACCUUGUGCUGUGCAGUGCUGUGCCAUGCAGGGGCUGUACCAUGCUGUACCGUGCGGUGCCGCGCCAACAGGGAGCGCAGAUCCCCUGGCACCCUCAGUGCCUGCCCGCCCAGCCCCAUCUGGGCACGCCCCGAGGCCAGCGAGGUGUGGCAGGAGGCGGGCAGUGCCAAGCCGUGGCAUUCCGUGCGUGCCGUGUUGUGCCGAGCUGUGCUGCAGGUGCUGAGCAGAGCCGCAGGUGCAGCAGCCACCUGCCGAGGGCCCCGUGCCGCAGCAUGGCCGUGCGGUUCCAGCCCAAAGUGGGACAGAGGAAGGGGCUGGUGGCUGCAAAAAAGAGCCAGAGCCGAUCCACGGCCCCGACCCCCGGGCUGGAGCCGAGGCACCGGUCAGCCUCAGCGCUCGCCCUCCCUCACUUGCGUUGGCAGGUGGCUGCCAUGGAGGAGAUGCUGAUCUGGGAGCAGCACACGGUGACACUGAUCAAGGACCCUCACCGGGGCUUCGGUUUUGCCAUUUCGGGUGGCCGGGACCGUCCCAACAAGGUGACUGGGGACACGGCCGUCAUCGUCUCGGAUGUGGUGUCCAGGGGACCGGCGUUUGGCCAGCUUCAGAGGAAGGACCAAAUUGUGAUGGUGAACGGCCUUUCCAUGGAGAACGUCUCGUCCUCCUUCGCCAUCCAGACACUUAAGACCUGUGGCAAGAUCGCCAACAUUACACUGAAAAGACAAAAGAAAAUCCACCUCCCUGUGAGCAAGAGCAGCCCCGCGUCCCCUGCUGUGACCCGGCGCUACGACUCGGACGACGACUACGACUCUGGUGGUGUGGAUCCGGCCCUGCGCAGCGCCAGCCAGCACCGCUCCCGAGAUGACCUGGACCACAACCAGGGCUACGAUGGGGACUCAUCCAGUGAGAGAAGCUCUGGUCACCACCAGGAUGACCGCCGCCUCCACAAGUCGUCCCGCAGCCGGAGACGAAGCCAGGACAGCAGCCACUGGAGGCAGAGCCCCGGCAGCGGCUCGGAGCGCAGGGGAUACAGCCGGCACCGCUCUGCCAACGGCUUCGGCCACGAAGGGGACACCCAUGGGCUGGCGCUGGUGUCAGGGUUCAAGCGGCUGCCGCGCCGGGAUGUGCCCAUGAAACCCGUCACAUCAGUCCUGGUGAAGAAUAAGGAGGAUGAAGAGUACGGCCUGAAGCUGGGCAGCCAGCUCUUCAUCAAGCACAUAGUGGAGAGCGGGCUGGCGGCGAGGUGCAGCUCCUUGCAGGAGGGAGACCUCAUCCUGAAGAUCAACGGGGUGGCCAGCGAGGACAUGUCCCUGGCUGACACCCAGCGGCUCAUUGAGCAGACAGAGGGGAUCCUGACCCUGCUCGUCCUCCGGGACCACCGGCAGUUCCUGAUCAACAUCCCCAACAUGGAAGACUACCAGAGUGACAGCUCCCGGAUGGAAGAUAUCUCCGACAUUGACUCUGACCUGUCCCACCCACCAUCCCCUAAGACCUCCCCGCAACUUCCAGCUGCUGCUAGGAUGAAUUCACCAGUAGAGAGGAGACGAUCAAGCAGGAAUGCUGCAACCGACACAAACAUGGACGAUGCUCUGAGCCAUGCGCGCAGCCACCAGCACCUCCUGGAGCAGCUCUCCUUCCCUGCAGACACGCUGGAAGCUGUGGAAGGGGACGGCCGCCACAGCCCCCGCAGCAGACCCAGUGCUCGAGCUGCCCCCAAGGACGGGUACAGUCCCGACUCCAGGGUUGUGCAGUUUGUGAAGGCCAGGAGCGUGGGGCUGCAGCUGGCCGGUGGGAACGACGUGGGCAUCUUCGUGUCAGGUGUGCAGGAGGGGAGCCCAGCCGACAGCCAGGGCAUCAAGGAAGGGGACCAGAUCCUGCAGGUGAACGGCACCAGUUUCCAGAACCUGACCCGCGAGGAGGCGGUGCAGUACCUCAUGAAGCUGCCACCGGGUGAGGAUGUCACGCUGCAGAUCCAGAGCAAGCAGGACAUUUACAGAAAGAUGAUCUCAUCCAACGUGGGUGAUUCCUUCUACAUCCGAACGCAUUUUGACUACGAGAAGGACACGCCAUCAGGGCUCAGCUUUGUCCGUGGGGACGUCUUCCAUGUGCUGGACACCAUGUACCGUGGCAGGCUGGGGAGCUGGCUGGCUGUGCGCAUGGGCAGGGACCUGCAGGAGCAGGAGAAGGGCAUCAUCCCCAACCAGAGCAGGGCCGAGCAGUUUGCCAGCCUGGAGUCUGUGCUGAAAGCCACGCCUGGCACCAACCCCUCAGGGGCACGGGCCGAGUUUUGGAAGCUGCGGGGCCUGCGGGGAGCCAAGAAGACGCUGCGGAAGAGCCGGGAGGACCUGUCUGCCCUCACAAAGCAGGGUCACUACCCCCCGUACGAGAGGGUGGUCCUGAAGGAAGCCAGCUUCAAGCGGCCGGUGGUGAUCCUGGGCCCCAUCACAGACAUCGCCAUGCAGAAGCUGAGCACGGAACAGCCCGAGCUCUUUGAGAUUGCACCGAGCGUGCCCCGAGACGGGGCAUCGUCCAAGGUCAUCAAGCUGGAUUCGGUGCGGCAGAUUGCUGAAAAGGACAAGCACGCGCUGCUGGACAUCACGCCCUCGGCGGUGGAGCGCCUCAACUACGUGCAGUAUUACCCCGUGGUGGUGUUCUGCGAGCCCGAGAGCCGGCAGGGCAUCAAGGCCAUGCGCCAGUGGCUGGCGCCCGACUCCAGGAAGAGCUCCCGGCGCCUCUACGCCCAGGCCAGCAAGAUGAAGAAGUACUGCAGCCACCUCUUCACCGCUACCGUCAGCCUCAGCGGCAGCGGCAACGCCUGGUACGAGGCGAUCAAGGACAUCGUCAGGACGCAGCAGAGCCAGCCCAUCUGGACGGCAGUGGAGCAGGUGGACGUGGCGCUGGAGGAGGACAGCCUGGACCUGCUGAACCCGCCGAGCAGGGCAGCCUCGGGCUACCUGACCUGCGACAGUCACGCCAACAGCGACUACGAUGACACGGACGGCGAGGGGGGAGCCUACACGGACGGCGAGGCGGAGGACGCCUACGACCAGCCCGCGCUGUCCCGCUCCUCUGAGCCGGCGCAGACGUUCCCCAGCCAUGGCGUGAGCGAGCGGGUGACAGAGCAGCAGCCGCAGGGACAGUGGGCACAGGAACACAGCAGCAUCAGGGAUUACGAGCACGAGGCCGUGAGGAAGAGAUUCACACGAGCCAGGGAUGACUCAGAUGAGGAUGAAGGCUACGAGUGGGGCCCUGCUACAGAUGUGUAGUGGGAUCAGCGUCUGCCCUGGACUCCUGAGCAUCACCGUGCCGGUCUCUGCCCCACAGGGCCCCUCAGGACGGCCCUGCCACAACCCGUGCCACCAGGGCCGGGCAACAGCCCCGGCAGUGCCACACAACACCCCACAGCUGGGCAGGCUGAGCCUGCACCACCAAGUGCCUCCUUCCCCCGCUUCAUCCACUGCCUCCGGGGAUGAAAUAAAGGGGAUGUUUGGAGUAGGA